UUUCUAUUUUCCAUUUAAAAAACCAUUGAGGUGGCCCUACCCUAGACGUUUCUCGGAAAUUUCUUCCCCUUUCUCCAUCUCUUGCUCCAGAAGGAAAACAGAGAGGAAAUUUUAAAUGCAAUAAUCAUUCAUCCCCACCCUGUUUGUUUACACCACUGAGAUUUGUUAGGUCCGGCAAUCAGAUUUUUGCUGUACACGAACAAUUUCCUUAAAUUUCUGUGUUCCAGAGCUGAUACUUCUUCUAGAGAUGAGAUCAUUUAAAAAAUUAUAAUUAUGAAUUAUCCACCAGAGAAGGUUGUGAGGUUCCAGGACUGGAAUUCAGAGAAAACCUGCGAAGGACAUUAUGCUAAUAAUAAUGGGAUAAAUUCAGGGAAAUUUACAUUUGCAAUAAAUUCAUUUUCAGAAAAGUUUCAAAGAGGGGUUGAAUCUGGUUCUGAGAGGAUUAAAGCGAUUAGAAAGUCAUUUAAAUCUAGUUCAUUCAACCAUGUUGUUGCUAAAGGCUUUGGUUCUAGUAAGAAAGUUCUUGAUCCACAGGGGCCAUUCCUUCAACGCUGGAACAAGAUAUUUGUAUUAUCAUGUAUAAUAGCAGUCUCAAUUGAUCCACUGUUCUUUUACGUUCCAGUGGUUAAUGAUGACAAGAAGUGCCUUGCCUUGGAUGAAAAAAUGGAGACCACUGCUUGUGUGCUGCGUUCAUUCACUGAUAUCUUCUAUAUAAUCCAUAUUAUUUUUCAGUUUCGUACUGGAUUCAUUGCACCUUCUUCUCGUGUAUUUGGAAGAGGUGUUUUAGUUGAAGAUUCACAGGCAAUAGCAAAGAGGUAUCUACGGUCAUACUUUUUAAUUGAUGUUCUAGCAGUUCUUCCCCUGCCACAGCUGGUGAUUUUAAUUAUCAUACCUGAAAUGAGCGGUUUGAAAUCAUUGAAUACGAAGAACUUGUUGAAAAUUGUUGUUCUCUUCCAAUAUCUUCCAAGAGUUUUUCGAAUUUAUCCACUGUACAAGGAAGUUACAAGGACCUCUGGCAUACUAACUGAAACUGCAUGGGCUGGUGCUGCAUUCAAUCUGUUUCUUUACAUGCUAGCAAGCCAUGUUUUUGGGGCUUCUUGGUACUUGUUUUCCGUUGAAAGGGAAUUCACAUGCUGGAAAGGCGCCUGUGGGAAUAAUACUACAUGCCACCGCUCAUUUUACUGUGACAAUGGUGAUUCUUAUUUUAGGACAUUGCUAAAUCAGUCAUGCCCCAUACAAACACCCAACACGACGCUUUUCAAUUUUGGAAUAUUCCUUGAUGCCCUUCAAUCUGGUAUUGUGGAGUCAAAAGAUUUUCCAGAGAAAUUUUUUUACUGUUUCUGGUGGGGCCUGCAAAACCUAAGUUCUCUGGGUCAGAACCUUGAAACUAGUACCUAUGUAUUCGAAAUCUGCUUUGCAGUUUUCAUUUCGAUCUCAGGCUUGGUUCUGUUUUCAUUUCUCAUUGGAAAUAUGCAGACAUAUUUGCAGUCCACAACUACCAGAUUGGAGGAGAUGAGAGUGAAAAGACGUGAUGCAGAACAAUGGAUGUCCCACCGCUUACUACCUGAGAAUCUGAGGGAGCGGAUUAGACGAUACGAGCAAUACAGGUGGCAAGAAACUAGAGGAGUUGAUGAAGAGAAUUUACUUCGUAAUCUCCCCAAGGACUUAAGAAGGGACAUAAAGCGCCAUCUUUGCUUGGCUCUGCUCAUGAGAGUGCCAAUGUUUGAGAAAAUGGAUGAGCAAUUACUGGAUGCAAUGUGUGACCGUCUCAAGCCAGUUCUCUACACAGAGGAGAGCUACAUUGUUCGGGAGGGAGACCCAGUUGAUGAGAUGCUCUUCAUCAUGCGGGGCAAACUAUUGACAGUGACAACAAAUGGUGGAAGAACUGGCUUCUUUAAUUCUGAAUAUCUGGGGGCAGGAGACUUCUGUGGAGAGGAACUUCUCACAUGGGCUCUAGAUCCUCAUUCUUCAUCGAACCUCCCUAUCUCAACAAGAACUGUCCGGGCCCUUACAGAAGUUGAAGCUUUUGCUCUGAUGGCUGAUGACUUAAAGUUUGUUGCUUCUCAGUUCCGUCGGCUUCAUAGUAAGCAGCUGCGCCACACUUUCAGGUUCUAUUCACAGCAGUGGCGAACUUGGGCUGCUUGUUUUAUACAAGCUGCUUGGCGCCGUUAUAGCAAAAAGAAACUAGAGGAAUCUUUGAGAGAAGAGGAGAAUAGAUUGCAAGAUGCUUUAGCCAAUGCUGGUGGGAGCUCGCCAAGUCUGGGUGCCACUAUUUACGCCUCACGGUUUGCUGCCAAUGCGCUUCGUGCUUUACGGCGAAACCGUUCUCGUAAGGCAAGAGUAACAGAGAGGGUACCGCCUCUGCUGCUUCAGAAGCCAGCAGAGCCUGACUUUACUGCUGAAGAACAGUAAACAGGUAGGCUUUCGUUGCUUUUUUUCUUUUGGUGACUUUUACACUUGCUGGCAUCAUGUAAAGGGUUGUAUUUGCCCUCCCUAAAAAGGAAAGAUAACUUGGCUGAAAGCUGCCAUUUGUUGGGUGUGAGGUCUGUAUAUGAUAUGUAAAAUCUUCAAUAUGUCGUUGUUUUGUUCCUUAAUUUUCAGCAAUCAACAAUUUGUGUUCAUGCAGUUUACUUCA